CUUUAUGUAAAUUUAACCAAGUGCGGGAAAUGAGGUCAUGUUCCACAUGUGAAUGAAAGAGGGGAAGAAAAACAGACUGCACUUCCUACCUAUCUGAAAAAAAAAAAAAAAAUCAGGACACUUGGAUCACAUAUUCACCCCCACUUUUAGCUCAUACAAACGGUUCGUAACACUUUCCUUUAAAAAGAUUGAAGGUGUGAGCUGCGGCAUCGUCUUUAUAGGGAAUGACAGCACUGCCCAUGGCGGGACCCCGCUUGCCGGGACUGCCCCCCCAGGCUCAGGCUAGCCUGCCCCCCCAGUCGAACCCGGGCUCCUCCCAGCCACCCCAGGGGGUCCUGCGUGAGAUCCCCCCCGCCAUCCUGUGCAAGAUCGGACAGGAGACUGUGCAAGACAUCGUCUCCCGAAGCAUGGAGAUCUUCCACCUCAUGCGGGCCACUCAGCUGCCCAACGGGGUGACGCAGAGCCACGCUGUGUACCAGGACCGCUUCCACAAGCUGCAGGAGCACCUCCGCCAGCUGGCACUGCUCUUCCGCAAACUGCGUCUGCUGUAUGAGAAGUGUGCCGAGACCACCGCGGAGCUCGGCGAGACGCCCAGCGAGCUGAUUCCCUAUCUAGGAGAGGAGGCUCCUGGAUUUCAGGUGGAUCCCUGUGGAUUGACGGCACAGUGGGAGCGCCAGGAGGUAUUCAAGAAAGUGAAGCAGAAGAACCAGGAGAUGAAGCUGCUGAUGGACCAAAUGCGCAACCUGCUGUGGGACGUGAACGCCAUGCUGACCCUGAGGAAGUGACCCCUCCCUGUCCCUGUGAACGCCAUGCUGACCCUGAGGAAGUGACCCCUCCCUGUCCCUGUGAACGCCAUGCUGACCCUGAGGAAGUGACCCCUCCCUGUCCCUGUGAACGCCAUGCUGACCCUGAGGAAGUGACCCCUCCCUGUCCCUGAGAACGCCAUGCUGAUCCUGAGGAAGUGACCCCUCCCUGUCCCUGUGAACGCCAUGCUGACCCUGAGGAAGUGACCCCUCCCUGUCCCUGUGAACGCCAUGCUGACCCUGAGGAAGUGACCCCUCCCUGUCCCUGUGAACGCCAUGCUGACCCUGAGGAAGUGACCCCUCCCUGUCCCUGAGAAUGCCAUGCUGACCCUGAGGAAGUGACCGCUCCCUGUCCCUGAGAACGCCAUGGUGACCCUGAGGAAGUGACCCCUCCCUGUCCCUGUGAACGCCAUGCUGACCCUGAGGAAGUGACCCCUCCCUCCCCAUCCCUGUGAACGCCAUGCUGACCCUGAGGAAGUGACCCCUCCCUGUCCCUGUGAACGCCAUGCUGACCCUGAGGAAGUGACCCCUCCCUGUCCCUGUGAACGCCAUGCUGACCCUGAGGAAGUGACCCCUCCCUCCCUGUGAACGCCAUGCUGACCCUGAGGAAGUGACCGCUCCCUGUCCCUGAGAACGCCAUGGUGACCCUGAGGAAGUGACCCCUCCCUCCCCAUCCCUGUGAACGCCAUGCUGACCCUGAGGAAGUGACCCCUCCCUCCCUGUGAACGCCAUGCUGACCCUGAGGAAGUGACCCCUCCCUCCCCAUCCCUGUGAACGCCAUGCUGACCCUGAGGAAGUGACCCCUCCCUCCCUGUGAACGCCAUGCUGACCCUGAGGAAGUGACCCCUCCCUCCCCCUGUCUGAAAAGACUUGGAUUUGUUCUGCCCAUCAGGGACCAGGAAAUCCCCUGAUCUACUUUAAAAUCCCUUUAAUCUCAGGAAUCAUCUCUUUCAGAGACCCGCAGUGCGUCUCCAUGCAUUGUCUGCUUCCAGUACUGCACUACCAUUUACCAGAGUGCUAACCAAGGUCUCAAUUUUAGAACCUGCUGUAGGAUUAGCCUUAUCAGCAUGGUCACUUGUCCUCCUUUUGCUUUUUUUUAAAUUUAAACGUAGGUCACAUUAAACAGAAAUCAUUAAUAAGGUUUUUAUAUGGAACAUCCUUACAUACUGAAAUUAAAUUGAAAGUCUUUCCUUUUGAGUAAAACCUGAUAUUCCAACAAAUGACCUUUCAAACAAAGUAGAGAAACACUCCUGUGUACAAUAGAAUGGGUGGGAUUUAUUUCAGAAGUCAUUUACACAUUGGAUUCCUUUGCAUGAUGUCUGUAUGGUUGGCAUUUAGAAAUGAUUUGAAUUGAAGAUGGUCGUUUUUGUUACAGAAUACGUUACGGGCAGUGUUUGUUCCACUAUAUAUUUUUUCUUUUUUGCGAAGGAUAAGGGGAGUCAGUGAAAAUGUGCAGGAGAUUUGUAGAUAUCUGUGCCAAGCGGUUUGAGAUGCUGAAUUCAAAACUUGCACUGAAUUCAAUGAAUACAUUUAAUAAUGACAACUGACAGUGCGUGUUUGCAUGACAGGUUUUGUAGAUGAAAGGGGAUCGGAGCGUUCCCUAUAAAACCGUCUUGCCAGCUGGCAAUUUCUCUCCAUGGGUAGUUGUGGUUGUUGAGGGCCCAUAGAGAAAGCCAUGCACUCCAAGUCACAGGACCUCAUCACCCAUAGUUCAGUAUAUGAGGGCCCAUCGUUUUGGCCAACAGUAAAAACCUGUUGGCCAAAACGAAGCCAUUGUACUGUGCUAUUGAGAGUACACACUGCCUAUAACCGGGGUGUGUUUAUGCAUCAAUAUAGCUGCAAUUCUGUUGUCCUCAGACGUAAGAAUACACGUGUAAGAAACGUAUCUGUUUUGGUAUUUAUACUGCAAUAAUAGUUUCCCAAAUACAAGCACAUUCGCAUGUCUGUGAAAAUAAGCAAUAUUGUAAACAUUAAAGUUUUUUGCUGCAUAUUUCUGGUAAUAUGGUAAGCUAGCAUUGUGUAUUUGUCCACUAGGAAAUGCAUCAGAGCCUCUUGUCUGAACUAGUUGGGACCCACAGGGGAUCUAUCUAUUUGUUCUCUUAAUUAUUACUGCAAAACCUCCAGACGCAAUUACAAAAGGACCUCCUUACAUUUACAUAUAGGAUGCGGAGUGCUCCACAGUGUCGUGCAUCCCAGAGAUGGAAGGCCGUUUUGCACACUUUCUGUGAUAACAGGGCAGGUUACCAGGGGUUGUCUGGAUAAGAGAGGUGGUGUAACGUUUGAAGUUUGGAUUUGGUUGGUAGUGUACUCUGGGGCCACUCUCAAAGCUUUAGGGAAAGUCUGUUCCUGUAAACGCCCCUCUGUGAAUAAGGGGAAUAUGAACAGAUAGCAUCUCCAUGAAUACCGGCUAGUCCUUUAGGAGUGUCUUGAAUGUAAAUCUGGAAGAAACAUUUUCUUUAUUGCAUUCUGUUCUGAUGAUUGAUCUGUAUUCUCAGGGUGCUGUGUCAAAGAUUCUUACAUAGAUACAUUUUGUUACACAUAUUCCAGUAUACUGUCAUCUGUUUUUUGUUUUACCAACGUGCAGCAAAUGAAAACAUUCUUUUGAAUAACUGUAUUUAUCAGCCUCCUUUCCACUGCAAGGAACUGGUGACUUCAUGUCUCAGUACUAAGAAUUCACCAAAGCGCUGGUAAUAUAAGCAUAAUAUGCUGACGUUCUUAUUUUUGCAAUGAAACAGGUUUUAAUUCACUGGCAGGUUGGAUCUGGUCAUCCAAAUGGUCAGUUUCCUCCUCGUGAUGCUUCAGUCGCUCUCAAAUGUGUUUUAAGAAGAAACCGUUUGAACAGCCAAUCAAUUCCUUGUGUCCCUGAAGGGGUUAAAAGAAGCUUCAAUUCAAUAACAAACGUUCCGACUAUAAAUAUUUCUCAGUGUCUUGAAAGACUUACAGUUGGCAUGUCUGUUAAUGAAUGUAUUAGGUUUCUUUUAUUAUUUCUAAAUUCAGCACGGUUAUAGUUACGGAUGACAAAUUAUAAGUAGUAUCAUAAUCCGGGGGUCUAUGGAGGGGUUUAAAUUAAACUUCUAUGUGUGCAUAUGGUGGGUGUAAAGUAGGUUAUAGUGAUCCACUUUCUAAUGUUCUAAAGCUGUCUAAAGUUAUUUUAUUAAGCCCACUAGUGAUGUAUACUCUACAGACAGCCACAACACUGCCCACGGUCUGUAUAUUGGACUUCAAUCCAUGGCUCAUGCAGCGUAGUGGAGAUCAAUCACAAUACACUGUUUUCACAUGCUGACAGACGGCAAAUUAGUGCCAGGCUAAAGCUUCUACUCGGACAUUAUGUUUGAAGUGAUGGGUGAUGAGGAGUGAUGCUAUUUGUAAAGUGACUCGAGGUUUGUAUUGCAUUCUCCUUGCCUUGUUUGUUAUUUUCAGGAAAACGUGGAAAAGGGGACUGUGUGUGUUUACGGUUAUAUUCUUUUUUUACUGAAAUGCAAAUGAACCUCAGAUCUCUUUGGAUCGUUAUUGUAUUCUCUGUGUGCCCCACGCAGGCACUGCUUAAAACAAAACCACGGCUAGCUUUACUGUACUGCCUAGAACUGUUUUCAUUGAUGUAUUUUUCUAACUUUUGUUUGCCGCUGCAUGUGGCUAAUUAAAAACAAAUCUUGUAAUA